AACCAGAGGCGAGCCGAGGAAACAGGUGUGACGAGUGGGAGGAGCCACAGGAUGAGUGGGAUUCUGAAGAGGAAGCUGGAGGAGGGUCCCGCCCCCUUCCUCUCGCUGCAGGGCUCCGAGGACGACGAGGUUUCCUGCAGCGACAGCGGCAACAGCAGCGACAGCCUCAACCAUCCAGUUCCCUCUGGGCUGCUGGACUCUUCUCUGCAGCAGCACCCGAAGCGACUCCGGGGCCGCAACGUGCACUUUGAGAGCGUGACCGUCUACUACUUCAACCGGCGGCAGGGCUUCACCAGCGUGCCCACGCAGGGCGGCAGCACCCUGGGGAUGUCGCCACGCCACAGCGGCGUGAAGCGCUUCACCCUCCGGGAGUUCGCCCUGGAGCAGAAGAGGAGCCACCGCAUCAUGCUGAGGGAUCAUCUCAAGGAGGAGAAGCUCAACGCCAUCAGACUCAAAAUGACAAAGAACGGCACCGUGUCCUCCCUGGAGGCCGACUCCCUCACGCUCGACGACAUCUCCGAGGACGACCUGGACGUGGACAACACAGAGGUGGACGAUUAUUUCUUCCUCCAGCCUCUGACCACCAGGAGGCGCCGCGCCCUCCUCCGGUCCUCGGGGGUCCGACGCAUCGACGUGGAGGAGAAGCACGAGCUGCGUUCCCUCCGCGUGUCCCGGGAGGAGUGCGGCUGCCGGUGCCGCGGGACGUGUGACCCGGAGACGUGUGCUUGCAGCCUGGCCGGCAUUAAGUGCCAGGUAAAUGGAACCGUGGUGGACCGCAUGUCCUUCCCCUGCGGCUGCAGCAAAGACGGCUGCAGCAACGCCACCGGACGCCUGGAGUUCAACCCGGUCCGCGUGCGCACCCACUUCCUGCACACCAUCAUGAAGCUGGAGCUGGAGAAGAGCCGCGACCAGCAGCAUCAGCAGCAGCAGCCAGAGCAGCAGCUUGUAACCAACGGCAACGGUUACCAUGGAGACUCCUCCUUGGUCCAGCAGCAGCAGCAGCAGCAGCAGCAGCCGAACCUGCAGUUUCCACUGAUGAGCGCCACGCCGCACAUUCCCAUCAUGCACCUCCAGAACACAGGCGACGCAGAGUUACGUCUAGAUGAGGAGGAGGAGGAGGAGGAGGAAGAGGAGGAGGAGGAGGAGGAGGAGGAGGAAGAGGAGGAAGAGGAUGAGGAUGAUGAAGCGUAUGAGGAAGACGAGGACGGCAGCAGUAUGUGCAGCGGGCUGUCAGACUGCAGCACGCACAGCUUGGAAACAAUCGACCCCGAGGAUGGAGAAGAGGACGAGGAGGAUGAGGAAGACGAGGAGGACGAGGAAGAGGAGGAAGAGGAGGAGGAGGACUGGGAGUGUUCACUACCUCCGCCCUACUCGGUCCCACUUCCUUCUGUGCUGAGUUACUCCAACAACACACUCGUGAGCCUCGGUAACCCCUUCCACAGCACCCCCCCCAUGCAGCACUAUCAGAUGGACACCACCACCACCCCCCCCACCCUCCUCACCCCCCCCUCCCUCCCCACAGUGGAAACAGCACUCGAGGCCGAGACAAACACUGAGGCCCACUGCCGGACGUUCCCGGGCCGCACAGAGUCCCCGGCGCUCCUGAACCGUUCACAUGUCGACGCCCCCCCUGAGACCAGCGCCGCAGCCAAUCAGCGGCCGCGCUCCACAGACCUGCAGAAAGGUCCGGACCACCAUGACUCACACACUGUGGCGCAGACAGGGGAGGAAACGACAGAGCCAUUACAGGAGCGGCUGAAAGAGCAGGGAGCCGAGCCCGGUGGAGAGACAGACGCGUCACAGAGCGCCUGA